AUGCGCUUCCAGGCUCCUCAGCUCGGCGCUCUAGGCGUCACCUUUACGGCUCUGCGUGCCGCACAACUUCUUUCGCUGCUGACCAUCAUUGGCCUCAUGGCAAACUUUAUCAAUGAGAUUGUGUCGGCUCAGCGGGAUGCUCCAGACGUGCUCAUUGGCACUCUGGUUGUGGCGAGCACGGCAUCCCUAUACAUUGCCAUCAGUUACAUUCUGUAUUAUGAUGGUCUGCUUCCUCUUCUUGUUGCUGGAGGUUGCGACUUUCUCCUGUUGAUUGCAACCAUUGUCGUGGCUGCCACGAUUGGAAAGCCGCUGUCCAAGCUCACAUGUGAGACGCUUCCUGCAGCGGGCACAUCGACCAUUGCCUCUGGAUCUCAGGUCUUUGUUGCCAGCAGCUCUGGCGUCACCUACCGCAGCGUCCUGAAGAAGACUGUCGACUACUUCACCUACGUCGCGGUCGACCAGCCGCACUGCUACGAGAUCAAGGCUGUAUGGGGCCUCUCUAUCUCGCUGUGUGUGCUGUUUGCCUUUAGUGCCAUUGUCUGUGUUGGCCUCUGGCGUCGCAUCAAGGGCGCCGCCGCCGCCAACGCUCCCAAGGACAUUGAGGCAGCAGCAGCAGCAGCACCGCCAAUGGGGACGUACGAGGAGAAAGGUGCAUGCUUCCAGGUCAUUCCUCCGCCUCCGCACCAAGCCGGCGACGGUGGCAUCUCGGGGCCUCUGGCCCUUUCUUCUCGCAGUCUCGGAACCGGUGUAUUGAACCACGGCCCGGCUGCUGCUCACCCUACCUUUGUGCCAUCCCCCAGCGCGCCCAUCCCAGCGCCUCAGGCUGCGCCCAUCCUCAACUUUCGCGGCAUCGACGAGGACAUAACGGCUGUGCCACCCCCGCCGCCCAUGAUUUACGUGAACCGUCCUGCCUCGAGGGGCCGGUCGCUCACAGCGCAGCGCAAAUCCAUCAUGAUGCCGGCAAUCCCCGAGUCACCGCUGACCACAGCAGCGCAUGAGGACUCCAUCCCGGCCAAGCACAAGCGCAUACCGGAAAAGAUCCGGACGCAGAACCUCGAGGUCCCGCCCUUGACACCCACCAGCGACGACGGGUACACGCCCGUCAACACGCCCGCCAAUGCCCUGUCGUCGGCCUUUUCGCCGCGGCUCAAGACAAAGAUACCGUCUCUGCCUAGCCCCCGCGACGCCCUGGGCAUCCCCAUUUCCAAGAUCAAGUCCUUUGCCGCGCGGUCCGUGGGCAGGGUGAGCCCCGUCGAUGCCGACGACCUCGAGCCCCUGAGCCCCUCGGUAGUGCGCAAUGCCGACGGUCUUCCGGUGCCGGUCCAAGCUCGGGAGAAGCCAAAGCGCAAGACGGUCUGGGGCAUGAUUGAGGGUUGGUGGGAUCUCAAUCUUUUGGAUAGGGGUAAGAGUUUGAGAAGGAAGUAG